UCUCAUUCCGCACUCGCGGCCGCGCCUGUGCAGGUGCCUGUCUUCUAGUUGGUGCGCGCGAUCCGAGCUCUCGGGCCCCACCAACAGCCCGGAUGUACGCUGCCCUUCCCCCCAUUCCCGAUUGAUUGCCUGCCUCCUGCGCGACAGGCAUCCUUGAACACGGGGAAGCGAUAUAACAUGGCGCUGGGAGGAUUAUAACGGGGGAAGAGCGUGAGAGAGGGAGGGUGCAAUGAUAUCUAUUUGUUGACAGUCAGUAGACACACAAAGUGGUCUGUGCAGUGAAUAAAAACUAUUUUCAGUCCAGUUUGACAUUUUUGGUAGGGGAAGGAAAGACUUCAUGUGAAGACAGAAGUAUGAUUUAUGUCUAUGGACUAACGUUCUUUGUGUUUGUUUGUUGGAGGUGGGGUCUACCAACAUUUUCCGCCAUGUUUGGGAAGAAAAAGAAAAAGCUUGAAAUUUCUGCCCCUUCAAAUUUUGAACACCGGGUUCACACUGGCUUUGACCACAGGGAGCAGAAAUUUACAGGACUUCCUCAGCAGUGGCAGAGUUUGCUAGCUGACACAGCAAACAGACCCAAACCUGUAGUGGACCCAUCAUGCAUCACACCAAUCCAACUUGCUCCUAUGAAGAGUAAAACUUUCGAAAAGCAAAGGCAUGACUACAGCCCAUCUCAUUCUAAUUCUAAGACCAUAGUUAGGGGAAACAAACCCCAGAAAGAUACCUCAAUAAAUGGCUUACUGGAAGAGUUUGAUAGCAUAUCUGUUACACGUUCCAAUUCCCUUCGAAAAGAAAGCCCACCAGUUCCUCGCCAGCAAAAUCCCAAUCAUACUGUAGAACAUCCCGAAGAAAAUGGCUAUGGCAUUUUUUCCCGAUAUUCAUAUGAUUUUGAUGCUGCCAAAGAUUAUUCAACUGAGAAAUGGAGUGAAAGACGUGCAUAUGAAGCAGAUGUUUUUAGACAUUAUCGAGGUAGUAAAAUGGCAGCACAUAAUGGACAUGCUGAAGCACUUAGGUCUGGAGAGCUUUCCCCAGAUGAUAGGACCCCAAAGCCAGACUUUUCAAGGUUGCCUCCAGAUUAUUACACAUUUAUGGAAACAAAGACUAAAUCAGCAGAGCUAAGUGGUAAGAAGAAGGAUUACCAAAGGGCACCUGCAGGAUUACCACCAGAUUACAGGGAACCCCUGGAGACGGCACCUUCUAGAACUUCAUUGCAUAGUGACUUUUCAAAGGAAAGGCUUGAAUAUAGUGAAGAUGAGUGGGGUCUUGGUCCUGCAAGGGAAGAUCAUGACAAAAGACCAAAGUCAUCUUAUUUAACCCAGGCAAAUUCUCAACCAGCCAUAAGGCAGAGGUCAAAGUCAGGAUCUGGCUUACAAGAAGCAAGCCCAUCACAUGUUGCAAGUGCAUUUAAGUCAAACUAUCAAGGGCAUUCAUACAGCUCAUACACAUACCCCAGGUUGUCUGAAAGCGUUACUGCUACUUGCAGUCCAAAGGCAGAUUAUGACAGAGCACAUAUCGUUGUGAGUCCACAGUUGUCAGGAUCAGAUACUUAUCCAAGAGGUCCAUCAAAACUACCUCAAAGCCAGAACAAGCCUAGCUACUCAACAAGCAGCUACCAGUAUCAGCAGCCAUACCAGAAAGUAUCCUUCAUUCACCAGCCUCCAUUACAGUCUACCACGCAGUACGUUACCCCAGCUGCUUACCCUCAUGCAGGUUCUCCGUGCAUAUCUCAAGGUGCUUACCCUACAUCUAGUUGGGGAUCUUCCUCUGAUCAUCAGCCAUCUAGAGUAUCACAUGAACAGUUCAGAGCAGCUCUACAACUGGUAGUAAGUCCAGGUGAUCCUAGGGAAUACUUAGACAAUUUUAUUAAAAUUGGAGAAGGCUCAACUGGAAUUGUCUGUAUUGCGACUGAGAAGCACACGGGCAAGCAAGUUGCAGUAAAGAAGAUGGAUCUCAGGAAACAACAGAGACGAGAGCUGCUCUUCAAUGAGGUUGUAAUUAUGAGGGAUUACCAUCAUGAAAAUGUAGUUGAUAUGUACAACAGUUACCUUGUUGGAGACGAAUUGUGGGUAGUUAUGGAGUUCUUGGAAGGUGGAGCUUUGACGGACAUAGUAACCCAUACAAGAAUGAAUGAAGAUCAGAUUGCUGCUGUUUGCCUGUCUGUUCUGAAAGCACUGUCGUACCUCCAUAAUCAGGGUGUUAUUCACAGAGACAUAAAGAGUGAUUCUAUACUUCUCACUAGUGACGGAAGGAUUAAACUGUCAGAUUUUGGCUUUUGUGCUCAAGUUUCCAAAGAAGUUCCCAAAAGAAAAUCUCUGGUUGGGACACCAUACUGGAUGGCCCCAGAAGUUAUUUCAAGACUGCCUUAUGGAACUGAGGUUGAUAUUUGGUCUCUGGGUAUUAUGGUUAUAGAAAUGGUAGAUGGAGAACCUCCAUAUUUCAAUGAACCACCUCUUCAGGCUAUGCGUAGAAUAAGAGACAAUUUGCCUCCAAGAGUAAAGGACAUUCACAAGGUUUCUUCUAUGCUGCGAGGAUUCUUGGAUUUAAUGUUGGUGAGGGAGCCAUCCCAAAGGGCAACAGCACAAGAGUUGCUCAGACAUCCUUUCCUGAAGCUUGCUGGCCCUCCUUCCUGUAUUGUACCACUUAUGAGACAAUACAGACACCGCUAAACUACAGAAUGUGUAUCCAUGGAAAUUGUGUACUGGUAUCAGGAAGUGGCAAAGAAAUUAUAAACUGUUUAAAUAACCAUUUCAUUGUACUAAGAAGGUAGGCUCAGAGGUGGAUGAAACCAAAAAGUUUUGAUUAAUAUAUAAAGCAAAAUUAGGGAAAAUAGAUUGUUCCCCAUAGAUAACUAGGAAGCUGGAGGUAAUGUUGAGCCAGAAAGACCAUGUGUUCCUUAUGAUGCAGACUAAUAGCUGCUAAUGUUCAACAUAAUUUUGUGAAGCAAAGCUUCACUAAAAAGUCAGGUAGUAAAUGAGCCAGCAGUUUCACUGCCUUUAACAAAACCAGUUAACAGCACAUGUAGAACUUAGCCACAUUAUCUUACUAAAUGAAGUAGAUAAAGCAGUCAUGUUUGUAUAAUGACGUAUCAUUUUUUCUGACAGGAAAAGCACUUUUCUUCUGACAGUAUAGCAGUGUAAUGUAUUUUAGACAGAAUUUCUAAUUUUUCUGUACAAACCUUUUUGAUAAUUUGCAAUAUUUUUGAUGUUACUUAUGUAAUGUAACCAUUGUUCUAUGGGCAGUAUUAAGAAGGGUUUUGAGCAAGAUCUGUCGCACUUUUUUACAAUUUUUUUUUUUAAAGAAGAAAGCAUUCAGAAUGUUUAAACUGUUAACAUUUUCCCAUUAUUAUUUCUACUAUAGGCACUGAUUUAUUAUUGUAAAACAAGAUAGCAUGUAUUUGCAGAACGUAAAUUUAAAACAUGACCAGGGAAUUUACUGUCCUGGAGGUGGUAGAACAUUUUGUUCCCACUUGAAUUACAGUUUGGCAGUACAGGUAAUUAGAAUAUUUUAUGUAGGUUUGAUACUCACUUUAUAAUUUGCUGUUAACGCUGGGUAUUUUUUACCCUCCUUUAGUUCUGACAGAUAGUUGAAUGCUGUCACAUUAAUUUAGUUUGUAUUUGCCAAGGCAAAAUAUGGCAGGUGUUCAUAGUAUCCACUAGCAUUCUUUCUGGUGUUUGACUACAGUGUUAGUGUUAUUGCCCAUCAGUUACGUAUUAUUUUAAAUACAUAAUGAGGCACAAGGUUUAAUUACUAAGUGGGUAUAGUGUUCUUACUAGAAAUCUGUCUUGUUCCUUAAGAUUAUAUUGUAAUACUAUUCCCACAUCUAAUUAGCCAGUUGUGCCACUGUGCAAACAUUGCUGAAUGUUAUUACAGUGGGUAACUACUACUGUAAAGUAAAUGUUGUAUUGCUUGUCAGGUGAAUUUGCAUGUUUAUUGUAGGGAAAUAGGUGUGGCUUUAUUAAACUAUAGAGGUGCUUUCCAUAAAACCUUGUUGAGAAUAAAAUUUUAGUUCUUUGUCAAAGGUUAGUCCCUUUAAUUUGCAGUUUCAAAGUAGAAAUUUACUUCUACACAUUGUAGCAUGAUAACUUUAUGAUUUCUUUGUCACUUAAUCCACAGUUGUAUAAAUUCACAGCCGUGUAUGUGUUUUUCUGCCGUUGAUUUCUGCAUCCAAAAUGGUCAACUGUAUUUAUUUCAAAAAUUGUUUAUUUUUUUAAUAAUUUAAUUUGUAUCUUUAACCUAAAGUAAAUAUUGACAGCAAAGACUAAAAUAAGUACAGUACUCAGAUAUUGGUCAGUUCGCAGUAAUAAUUGCUGCAGAUAAAUAAAUGGCACUGAAAAAAUUUUGAUACAACA